GAUGCUCAGCCAGACAGUCCUCGUCCUGGCCCUCGUCGCCUGUGUUGUGGGUUCAGCGUUACCGGUGCGUCGUUUUCCGCACACUGGACCGGCCCGACGUUUCGCUGUCUCCAGGGGACGCAUCUUCGGGGGACACGACGCCACCAAAGGCCAGUUUCCUUACCUGGUAUCCCUGCACCACGACAUCCUGGGUACCCAGUACCACGCCUGUGGUGGCUCCAUCCUCACCAGCAAUGCCAUCCUCACCGCCGGUCACUGCGCUGUGGACGAUACAGACGUUUUCGCCGUGGCCGGAGAACACGACUUGAGCAGCGAUGAGGGCACCGAACAGGAGAUCCGAGUCUCACAGCAGAUCGUGCAUCCUGACUUCGCUGGUGGAGUAGCUCCAAACGACAUCGCCGUCUUCAUCCUGGAGUCCUCACUGUCUCUGGGCACGUACGUCCAGACCAUCGGCUUGCCGACCUCUGGUUCACUACCUGCAGGUGGAUCAACCGCCGUCACUGCUGGCUGGGGUAGAACGGAGACCGCUGGCGAACCUAAAAUUCUGCAGACCGUCGACGUCAGCAUCAUCGACUACGAAACUUGCAGCCAAGAUAUCGACGAACUGGGUUUCGGAAAUCCGCUUACAGACACCAUGAUCUGCACGGGACCUCUCUAUGACGGCAUCUCUGUCUGUUCUGGAGACUCUGGUGGCCCCCUGGUGCAGGACGGCUUGCUGAUCGGCGUGGUGUCCUGGGGACUGAACAUGUGUGGAUACCCGGGCGCACCGUCCGUCUACACAAGGGUAUCCGCUCACCUGGACUUCAUCAGCGAAAAUCUGUGA